GUCCUUCUCAGCCCACAACCCGCGGAUUUACAAUCAACUAUUCACACAGAUUAUCGCCCUGGGACACAUUUCUUCCCAAUCUCGGACCACUUCAAAUAUGCGGUGGUCUUUAUCUCCAAAUAUGGUCUAGCUGAUCUCCCCGAUCUGUGAGGCAGCCACAGCCCACCAGCACUGACCCAGGAUGUCCAGUAGCUCAGGCUACCCCCCCAGUCAGGGGAGCUUCAGCAGCGAGCAGAACCGAUACCCGCCACACUCUGUCCAGUACACCUUCAGCUCACGCCACCAACCGGAUUUCUCUAUCCCAGACUACCGUGCACAUAUGCAAGAUCCACAGGGUCGGAGAAGACCUUCCUUACUGUCSGAGUUCCACCCUGGAACUGACAGGCCUCCAGAGAGACGUCAUGGUUAUGAACAGCAGUUUCACUCCUUGGCAGCUCAGGCAGAGCAUGAGGCCAUGGAGGGUAAACGCCCCCGCAUGGAGACUGUAGCUGAAGGCCACAUCAGCCGCACCCCUUCCACUGCUGGGGGUAUGGUCCUGGCCAUGCCUCACUCUGUACAGGACAGUUUAAGAGCCACUAUGGAGGUCAAAAAGGAGUCUCCGUUUACUGUCAAAGUGGAGUCCCCAUCCUCAGGACCUUCACUAUCCAUGGGGGACGAACAGGACACCUCGCCUUCCAAACUCUCCAAGGAGGAGCUGAUCCAGAGUAUGGACCGGGUGGACCGGGAGAUCGCUAAAGUAGAGCAGCAGAUUUCAAAGCUAAAGAAGAAGCAGCAACAACUGGAGGAGGAAGCAGCAAAGCCCGUGGAGCCAGAGAAGCCUGUGACCCCUCCCCCAGUGGAGCACAAGCACCGCAGCAUAGUUCAGAUCAUCUACGAUGAAAACAGGAAAAAAGCUGAGGAGGCCCAUAAGAUCCUGGAAGGUCUUGGCCCAAAGGUGGAGCUGCCGUUGUACAACCAGCCGUCAGACACAAAGGUGUACCAUGACAACAUCAAAACGAACCAAGUCAUGAGGAAGAAGCUAAUUUUGUUUUUUAAGAGGAGAAACCAUGCACGCAAACAAAGGGAACAGAAGAUCUGUCAGCGCUACGACCAACUGAUGGAGGCCUGGGAGAAGAAGGUGGAGCGCAUGGAGAACAACCCCAGACGCAAAGCCAAGGAGAGCAGAACACGAGAGUACUACGAGAGGCAGUUCCCAGAGAUCCGUAAACAGAGAGAGCAGCAGGAGCGCUUCCAGAGAGUUGGACAAAGAGGGACAGGACUUUCUGCAACAAUUGCAAGAAGUGAACAUGAGAUUUCAGAAAUCAUUGACGGUCUUUCUGAGCAGGAGAACAAUGAGAAACAGAUGAGACAGCUGUCCGUCAUCCCUCCCAUGAUGUACGACUCGGAGCAGAGGCGAGUGAAGUUCAUCAACAUGAACGGCCUGAUGGACGACCCCAUGAAGGUCUACAAAGCACGGCAGUUUAUGAACGUUUGGACCGAGCAUGAGAAGGAGAUCUUUAAAGAGAAGUUCAUACAACACCCCAAAAACUUUGGCUUGAUUGCUUCUUAUCUUGAAAGAAAGUGUGUUUCCGAUUGCGUCCUCUUCUACUACUUGACCAAAAAGAACCAGAACUACAAGACGUUGGUCAGGCGAAGAAGAAAAGGAAGGAACCAGCAAACAACACGUCUCUUACAAGAAGACAAGUCAGAAGACAAAAACGAAGAGGAGAAAUUGGAGAAGGCCGAGAAAAACGAGGACGAAGAAAAGAAGGAGGAGGACGAGAAAGAUGAAAAGGAGGACUCGAGGGAGAUUGGCAAGGAGAAAGACAAGUGUGACGGCGGGGAGGACGAGGACGGAAAGGAGCAAAGCACGCCGCGUGGCAGGAAGACUGCCAACAGCCAGGGCCGCCGUAAUCGAAGAGUCAUCACRCGCUCCAUGGCCAAUGAGACUGCGUCCGUUUCAGCCGAGGACGCGCCCCCUCCCACCAYGGAGCCCGCCCUGCCAGACACGUCACAGCUCCCCAAAUCUGAGCAUGCCCAGAAGGCCAUGAAGGAGCCUGCAAAACCUCUGACUCCAGUAGCUUCAGUUGAUGCUAAUAAAGCCUGUGAAACCGGGGAAACUUCUCGCUGGACCGAGGAAGAGAUGGAGGUUGCCAAAAAAGGGCUCGUUGAGCACGGCCGAAACUGGACGGCCAUCGCCAAAAUGGUGGGCACCAAAAGUGAGGCGCAGUGCAAGAACUUUUAUUUCAACUACAAGAGACGACACAACUUGGACAACCUGCUCCAGCAACAUAAGAAGGUUACCCGACGGGCUCUUGCUGAUAGGUCUCAAGGGGAAGGCCAAGCCACGGCAUCACCUGACGAUGACGAGGAAAAUGCAGAUGACAGUGAAGGUGGAGACCACAGCUCUGACACAGAGAGCGCCCCUUCUCCCUCACAGGCUGACCCCUCAAAGUCAACAGACUCAAAGAGACCAGACAGCAUCUCGACCGAUGCUCAGUGUGCAGACCAGGACAAAGGUCACGCCAGCAACGCCAAAGCUGCCGAGCCUUCAUACGAGGAGCUUCGCGUCAAGGAGGAGAAAAGCCCUGAGAGCGAGCCCGGGUCUCAGGAGGAAAAAGUCCGGGUCGCUUCUUUCCCCGCUCCGGUGCAUCCCAAAACCGAACCUCAGGAUGUGGACAUGAAAACAGGAGAGGUUCAAGUCAAAGUGGAGCCUGAGAUCAAGGAGAAGGUAGAAAAGGGAGAUCAAGGUGACAGGCAGGGUGAGCUCCACUCCGAUAAUGACUCAAGCGCCACCUGCAGUGCUGAUGAGGAUGUGGAGGCAGAACCUGAGAGACAGAGACUACACCCCAUGGAAAAACCCUCGUUGCUCAGCUCUCCAGGCUCUGUGCUCGUGUCCUCACCCAAACAAACCCAUCUCAGCAUCCAGCAAAUGGAGCAGCGAGCAGCUUCCAUCCCCCCUAUGGUGCCUGGUUCUUAUGGACCUGGCGGAGUGUCCAUCACUGGUCUGACGAUGUUUCAGCACCAGAUAAAAGCGGUUCACGACUCGGCACACCAGGAAGAGAAGCAGAGGCAGGAUCAAGGAGACCUGGAACGUAGACCUCCCUUUAACACUCGCAGCCCGACCAUACUGGACAGAGAUGUCCUCCACCCUGCCUCCAGCCAGCUGGUUCAGGGUUUAAAUGACGGAGUCCGCGUGACGUUCAACCGACCCCCUCGACCUCCUAACAUUCCCUCUCCUCCUCCACUCAUUCCAACCACCAAGCCCACAGACAAGCCCUCCUUCAUCCACGGAGGCUCUAUCUCCCAGGGAACUCCUGGCACAUAUUUGCCCUCCUAUGCUGUCUACGGGCCAGAGGGGACUAAGAGCUCCGUGGGCUCCAUCUCUCUGGGUCUGCCUCGGCAGAUGGAUCCCAACAAGCCUGGGACUCCGGUUUCAACCAUUCAAGAUGGCAGAGACAACUCCUCAAAGGUUGGUGAGGGCCACCCUUUCAGAGGAUCAAUUACUCUGGGCACUCCAGCUCUUCCUCAGCCUAGCAUUGCUGCUGACCUCUAUAAAAACACAAUAACCAAGGUGGCAGAAGAUCUGAGCAACCUGGAUAAGGUCAGGGGGGAACAGCAGGCCAAGGGUCACGUCAUCUAUGAAGGCAAGAGCGGUCACAUCCUCUCCUACGAUCCGAUGAAGAACUCAAGGGAAACCACUCGAAGCCCCCGAACAUGCCACGAGCUAAAGCGCACUCAUGAUUUGAUGGAGGGACCCCUGGGGAGAGGACACCCUGGCAGAGAGGGGGCUCCGUUUGAGGGAUUGAUAAGUAGAGCUUUACCAAGAGAAAGCCACCACGGAGAUUCUAAGGAGCGAAACUUAAUCACUGGAUCCAUCAUGCACGGGACCCCGAGAACGGCCGCUGACAAUUACGAGGAAGCCAUGAAAUAUGGGAAACGGAUCAAAACAGAAAGCCCACCGAUCCGUUCAUUUGAUGGGGCGAUUGGCAAAGGCAAGCCCUAUGAAGGAGUCAGUACCAUCAAAGAAAUGGGUCGUUCUGUUCACGAAAUCCCCAGUGAGUGUCAGGAUCUGCGCAAGACUCCCGACCUGCCUGACAGGAGAGUGAUUGAGGGACCCAUGCCACAGAUCCACUCCCUGGGCCAGCCCACUAUCAAACACAAUGUCAAGUCUCUCAUCACCAGUCCCAAUAAGCUUCCCCACAGCAUGCCCCAACUCGAAGCAAUGGAACGAGCCAAAUACGAGGAGAGCAAGGCGGUCCGCCACACUUCUGUGGUUAACUCCACCGCCGCCUCCGUCCUGCGCUCCACACACCAGGAGGCUAACAAAGCCCAGCACAGCCCGGGCAUGUACGAGGACGCCAACGCUCGCAGGACCCCAGUGAACUACAACAAUCCUGUUUCCAGAGGUUCACCCAUGAUGGGACGUCCUUCAGAUGGUGCCAUGAGCUCAAAAUCAGCUGCACAUGACCGAAAGAGUUCCAUGACCCCGACUCAGAGGGACAGCGUCCCAGCCAAGUCGCCUGUGUCAGGAGGCGACCCCGUAGCGUCUCACAGCCCCUUUGACCCCCACCACCGGCCUGUGGUUCCUGGAGAAGUGUACCGACCCCACUUGCAUCCACAUCUGGAAUCUCAGAUGGCCUUCCACAGAGUGCUGGAUCCUGCAUUCAUGUUUCCCAGGCAGCCAUCCCCAACAGGCUACCAUAACACCCACCAGUUGUACACCAUGGAGAACAUGCGGCAGACCAUCCUGAACGAUUACAUCACUUCCCACCAGAUGCCUCGGGCUGACCUGGCCAGAGGGCUGUCGCCACGGGAGCAGCCUGUCGCCAACCUUUUUGCACCCGGAGCUCGAGGGAUUUUUGAUCUAGCCCAGAUGCCUCCAACUAUCCUGUUGCCUCAUCCUGGGGGAACAGGUACUCCCACUAUGGAACGGCCAACCGCCUACCUCCCUGGACCUCAGCCCCCUUUCCCUCCUAGAGCUUUCAACCCAGCUUCCAUAUCGCCAGGCCAUCCAGUCCAUCACGCUGCAGAGAGAGAACGGGAGAGGGAGCAGCAGGAGAAGGAACGGGAAAAGGAAAGGGAGCAGCAGCAGAGGGAGAGGGAACGCGAGCGGGAGCGGGAAAUGCGAGAACGAGAGCGGGAGCGAACCAAUGAAUACAUACGUGGAGGUGCUCUAGAGCAGCCUGGCCGGCCAGGUUUCCAGCUCUCCCCAUUGCCCUCGCUUAGGACUCAGGACGUGGUAGUUCCACAUCGGCCGAGCGUCUUCCCAGGAAAGAGUGUCAUCACUUCUCUAAUGCCUCAUCCUCCUGCAGUAUCAUCGGCUUCACAAAACAGCUCCCGCUACGGCACAGCAGCUGAUGCUCUGGCUGCUUUGGUGGACGCUGCAGCUGCCCCUCCUCAGAUAGAGCUCCCAAAGAUGAAGGAGAAUAAGCACGAGAGGGACGACGAAAUGUCUUCAUCGGCUUCGGUGCGGCGAGCACCAGUCCUGCCUGAGCACCAGCAGGAGGCGGAAAGGCGCUGUGUCAUGUCUCUGCCAGGUGGUAAGCCCCACCCAGGUUACACAGAGGGUCCAGGCGUCGGGCUGAAGGACAACGCCCCUCCAACAAAGUCCCGCAUCGUGGAGGAGCUUCGUACUCACGGAAAGACAACCAUCACAGCCGCUAACUUCAUCGACGUCAUCAUCACACGCCAGAUAGCUCCAGAGAAAGACUCCAGGGAACGAGGUUCUCAGAGCUCCGACUCUUCGAGCAGCUUGUCAUCUAAUCGAUACGACAACACUGCUGGAGGAGCCAUAGAGGUGAUAAGCCCUGCCAGUUCUCCUGUCCAGCCUCAGCAAGACAAACCAGAGGACAUCCAACAACAAGCAGCAGUUGGCAUGCGGCCGUUUGAGAUGAGUCGUUACCAGCCGCAAGGGGAGCCGCCCCCACCGCCUUCCUCCCAGGCAGACAGCUACUCACAGGUCCCCAAAACUCACAGAGUCAUGACCUUGGCGGACCACAUUUCGCAUAUAAUAACCCAGGACUUUGCCCGAAAUCAGGACCCUCCAGUCUCCUCCUCAGCACCUUCCUCGUUCCAGAGCUCCCUGCCACCGGUGUCUUCGUCAGGUCGAGUCAAAGCACCCAAUCGUUACAGUCCCGAGAACCAGGUCCAAAACCCGCAUCAUCAGAGACCCUCCAGCAGGGUUUCUCCAGAGAAUGCCUCUGACAAGCCCAGAGUCCGACCUGGUAAGUCUCCAGAGCGAGGGGGCAGGCAGAUGGAGAACUACGAGCCCAUCUCUCCUCCACAAGGCUAUCAGGGCAUGGACAAACAAGAACCAGGGGGGGCUCCAUCCCAGAGACGAGAGGCUGAGAACUCUGAGAUGAGGAGUGACUCGCGAUCCCCAGGGAGCGUCAGCUACCUGCCUUCCUUCUUUACCAAGUUGGAAAACACCUCACCGAUGGUGCAAUCCAAGAAGCAGGAAAUCUUUCGUAAGUUGAACUCCACCUCUGGUGUUGGUGAUUCUGAUGUUGGAAAUGCACAGCCUGGGACUGAAAUUUUCAACUUGCCUGCCGUUACAACCUCCAGCAGCAUCAACACCAGAAAUCAGUCCUUCAGCGACCCGACGAGUAACCUGGGUUUGGAGGACAUCAUCCGCAAAGCUUUAAUGGGCAACUUGGAGGACAGACAUGAGGAGCACCAGGGUGGAGGGACUGUUGCCAUGAAUAACACAUCAGGCACAGGCAGUGAUAMCCGGCAGGAGGCCACCUCAUCGCCUAUUAUGGGAAAACAAAAACAGGGCAGAGCAACCAGCCGGAAAUCCAAGUCCCCUAACCUGGGUCAGGCCUACGCUGGAGGGGAGCGUCCUUCAUCAGUGUCCUCUGUCCACUCUGAGGGCGAUUAUCACCGACCAACUCAACCCCAAUGGAGCUGGGACGACCGACCCUCGUCCACAGGUCCCAUACAGUUUCCCUACAACCCGCUGACCAUGCGUAUGAUGAGCACCGCUCCACCCACCUCCAUAGCCUCGCCGUCUAUACAGAGCCAGCAGCAGCCGCCGCCUCCAACUGGAGCUCCUGUGGCCCAGCAGCGGGUGUGGCAGUCCCUGCUGUCAGAACAAUACGAGACCCUGUCCGACAGCGACGACUGAGCUCCGCUACCUACAGCCAUCAGGUCCCAGGAGAGAGGCCGGCCACGCUGAGGCUGGCCUGUCCACACCCCCCCUCUGCUACAACUCACCUCACUCUUUGGCAAAGUGGAACACGUGGAUGGGGGUGGUGGGGUUUUCUUUUUCUUUUUGGUGCUACAGUGCCCCCACCCUGACUGGCACGGCUCUCCAGACUUUAUUUUUGCUUCGGGGGCUCUCGCCCCCCAGCCUGUCAGAGAACUUUACAUCAUCUGACCGGAUGACAUCGGCUACAGUCAAGCUGACGAACUGAACCUGUAAAAACAAAAACAAACAACAUAAGAAGCUAUUUCUGAAUUUUAUGUCUGAUUUCUGUAAAGGUUGACCUUGUCUUUAGGAAAAUCAUUGUAUGUAAAUAGAGUAACCUUUUUGCAGUGUUUUUCUUAACUUGAUUAUUUCUUAUUUUAAUGUCGCUUUUAAAUCGAUCCACUUUAAAUGAGAAGAGCGGAGGUGUAAUCUAUAAUACUGCAGGUGUCCCCCCCCCGCCCCCAAACCAAACCACCCACUCAAACAUUUGUUUUUGUUUAUUUUAUUCACGCCACAGAGACCGGACCCUGUGGUUUGUACUUGACCCUUAGCGGAUCUCAAACUAUGCCACGCUGCCCGUCAUCCACCAAGCCCCACCAGGGCCGAACGCUGUGGACGCCGAGAGGGCAAAAAAAACAAACUGUAACGAACAUCGAUGUCUGACGAUGAACAGAUUGUAACUAACGGACGGUAGAGACAACUUCUCACCCUAUUUGUCGUCGCAGCAAGUUGAGAACACUGGUGUCAUAGCAGAAAGGUGAAGAGUCUGAAAUAAGCUUUCCAGAAAAUGAUAUCGUUGUGACUACUUCUGGACCCUGCCUGAUUAAUGAAAGUGAGCCAAUGAAAUGAUUUUAUUUUAUUUUUUUCCUCUAUUUUUCAUUUAAGAGAGUGUCACAUCUCAGUAGUUUCACUUUCCAAGAUGUCCAGAAUAACUAGGUCGGGACAUUUUGUUUUUGUUUUCCUUAGGAGGGAUGCUUUUGCCUUGUGAUUUGAGAGAGAAGGCAGCUUUAACACAUUUUCUCAGAGAUAUAUGUUGUUCGUAUCUGUAGUUCCUCACUUUUUGUUUACUGUCCUGACAAAAAAAAAAAAAAACCCAUCCUGUUAUGCUUUCUUUUCUUCCCAUGACACAAUAAGAUGAAACUAACCAAACCGAAAGAAUGGUCUGCACCAUUGUUGCACUUUUGAUUGUUUUUAUUUUUCAUUUUUUUGUGGCUUUUCGACAAGAGAAAGCAUCCUACCUGCUGUGUAACUUAUUCAACCUCCAGCCCAGGACUAUACGAAGAUAUGCUUUUAUUUUUCCCACCUCUCACAUAAAGACAAAGAAAAAAAAAUACUGUAUGGUUUUUAUCUUCCUGUCUUUUCUUACCGCUGGUACAUUAUAUUUUUUAUCGUCGACAUGCAUCAGAGUUACCGUUUUAAGUGCAUGGUACCAUUAAAUGUUUAGGACUUUGGUGAUUCAAGGCCUCGAUCACGUAAUCUCUGCUUUCAACGUGUCGGUCAGCGUAUCGCUUUUUAAUAGGUCAGCAUCAUAAACUGCAUCAGCUUUGCUCUCAAAAUCGUCUUUUCUUUCUGACAUGUGACAAAAAUACCAUAUUCUAACUUUGACAAUGCUCAGUUAACAGGUUCUUUCUGCUCUAAACGUGCUUUUAUCCUCGCUACGUUUUGAUUUUGAUUUGCAUAUUUUUGUCCUAGCACGUGCUCGGAUUUAGACUUUGUCAGUUUUGUUCGCCCCGUUCCGACGGGAUGUUGUGUUUACAGACAUAACAAGAAAAAAAAAAACUUUUACAAACUUGAAUCCUUAAGGAAUCCGACAUGAAGCAGAAAAAAGAUCAAUAAAAUUGGAGCAUUUUUUCAGCUCUUCACUAAACAAAAUGUUGACUUUUAUUUUUAUUUUUAAAAUUGAGACUUGAAACCCCUUGUAUCCUAUGAUGUUGAAAUGCAAUGUUUGUAUCGCACAAUGUCUCUUAGUAGGCUAUUACGAGAGUUCAGACCAAUCAAAUAAAGUGGAUCAGUUAUCCACCUCUGAAAAGUUUUAAGUGUAAAGGUGUUCUAUUAUUCACUCGUUGCAUWUUCUUUUAUUUUUUUUUGACUGCACACUCCUGAUGCUUGGUCUCUGAGCUGUACUGCAACUAUCCACUAGAACUUUUAUUGGCAAAUUGAUGAAUAUUAAAUGAGAAAUAUGUCAUAAUUUGCAAUAUAAUAAAUAGUAUGUAAUAUAA